AGUUAUUUGACAAAACGAAACUCCCCCAACUUUGACAAGAAGACUUUUCCAGCUCGUCCUUUCAGUGUUGGACAGGCAGUUUUGGGGGGCGAAAAAAAUGCAGAGCAGUGCGUACGGGGCCUCGUUGGCUGGCGGUGCUUUUGAUUUAGAGAAUUUUGUAAAACAGCCUCAGACCAUUUUGCGCUGCCUGAGCUGGUUAUUCUCCAUCGUGGUCUUUGCAACCAUCACAGCAGAAGGCUACAUUAACUCAAAAUCCGAGUCUGAGGCCAAGUGCAUGUUCAACGAAAAUGACAGCGCCUGCAACUACGCAGUCGGAAUCGGCAUCCUGGCCUUCUUGGCCUGUGUUGUCUUCCUCAUGCUGGACGCCUACUUCCCACAAAUCAGCAACGCCAAAGAGAGAAAAUUCAUUGUUCUAGGAGAUUUCAUCUUCUCAGCGGCUUGGACGUUUCUGUGGUUCAUCUGCUUUUGCGUCCUGGCCAACCAGUGGUCCAAAACGACGUCUGAUGUUGUGUUCAAUGAUGCCGCCCGCGCUGUCAUUUCCUUCUCCUUCUUCUCGAUCGUGACCUGGGCUCUCCUCCUCUACUUUGCGUAUGGAAGGUAUCGCCAAGGCGUCACUGAGUUUGACCAGGACUACAGAGACCCAGCCAACGACCAAACCACUCCAUACCCGCCUGCUCCGUACGCCAGCAGCGGCCCCACAGGCUACCAGCAGUCGCCUUUCUCCCACAACCAGGAGCAACCGGGAGAGUACCAGCCUCCGUCUUAUUGAAGGACUGUGAUUCAAAACGCGGGAAUCCAAGGGGAGUUUUCUUUUUAAAUAAAGAUGUGUGCCAAUGGUUUCAUUUAUAACUUGGACUGUUUUCUGCACUCCCAUUUUCUUCCUGCAGAACGUAUUUGCAUUUUUUUGGGGGGGGGCGCACUGGUAUGUUUUUAGUUAAUUUCAUUGUUCAAGUUGUUUGGAUCUCUGUUUGCUGUGUUGUUUGAAGUGCCAAACACAGCAGGUUAAAAUAAUGUUGUUUUUUUUGUUAGGAGGUUGUCUUGGUAAGAGAGAAGAUGGCCGCGCCAUUGUUGUCUUUGUGCCAAACCAGCUGUAGUUAUUUCAGUGCCCCCUUUUGGUUUCGUUUUUUUUUUUUUUUUUUUUUUUUUUUGUGCAAUUUGAAGAGCUUUUAAUAUCAAAGCACUAAGCAACAAACAGGAUAGAAUUUAACUUUGUUGCUGGGAAAUCUGUUUUGCAUUGUUUGGACUGAUGAUUGUUUUAUGAAUAUGUUACUAUUUAGUACAUAUAAAUGUAUUUUCAUUACACUCAUUUUAAUUUACAGCAGUAUAAUAACUGUAAUGUAGCAAUACAGUUCAGUACAUAUUGUUUUUCCACCACAAAACAAACCUAUUUCAUUUAAUCAGUGGGAGUAUUGAAAAUGUUCCCUCUUAACUACUGUAAUGCCAUUAUUAUUUUUUUAAUAAUCAACCACUGAAAAAUGUCUUUUAUGCACUGAAAAACUGUUAAUUUUGGGGGGCAGUUCAUUGCCAAUAUCGGAUUUGUUCAUUUUAAUGUUUUAAAUCCAAUUCUGCCACAGUUUGGUUUAGUAUUUAAAGGUAUUUUUUGUUUUCUUUUAAGGUAGCCAAACCAUUCAUUGUAUCCGCUACCUCUAGGAGUGUAAUAUGCCUUUUCAUGAGUUCAGUUUUUUUUAAAUAUCCAAUUCAGCAAAUGUUUCAGCCAUAAUUUGAUUUUAGGAAUUCGGAGAUAUUGGGGUAGAUUGAUAUAUUUAUUAUCUUACUUAAUCCUUCCAGUCCAGGUAUAUGACAAUCAAACCGUAAUUGUUUUCUGGUUUUGCCUCUUGCUUCUCAUUGCUUUUCUCACACUGUAGUUGUACCUUUUUACAUGAGCUGCAGUUUCACUGUUUUACUCAAUGGCUUUACAGUAAUUCCCCGUUCAAGUGCCUUAUACAGUAUUCUGUAUCACACUGGGUUUGCUAAAUAAAAAAACUGUUCUUGUUUUGAA